CAGCUAUGAGUGAUCCACCUGAGAAACGCUUUCGUCCCGAUGGGAGAAAAAUUUUGCAUCCAAAAACUGUUCUUCGUCGGACAGAAGAUUUAAAUUCUGCAUUGGACUUAGAAUUAAGUCUCUUGGAGGAAAUCUCCAAUGCGAUGAUGGACGCAGGCACAUUGGAAUCCGCAUACACAGACGAAGAUCAGAAAAUGAGUCUCGUGUAUCAAUCAAUGGAUGAAGAAGAUGAUCUCAUUAAUCCGUGCUCUGAGCCCAGUUUAAUAGAGGAAUGCCAGCCAGCCUAUUCAUUAAAAAAAACCAGAGUAUGAAUAGAAUUUCUUUUUCCUAAUACAGAAACUUCUUCCUAGUACAAAAAACACAUACAAAUUUAUUUGCAUGUGCGGGGACCGGGUGGCACUUGAAAGAUUUUAAUACUUUUAUUCUUAUUUGUAGUGAAAAUUCUCAGAGAUAAAAAAAAUUUGUUAGUGCAUCGAAAUUAGCUGUG